ACCUCCACGUUGGUGCCGACUGGGAUGCGGAUCACUGCGCGGUGAUUCGUAUGCUAACAGGAAAGGGGGCAAACAGCCAGGAUGAAGAAUUCGUUGAUAAAGCGAUUCCACGUCCGAUGAGGAGCGAACACACGUGCUGCCCGGCCGGAGCUUCUCUGGCACGCACACACACACACACACACAUGCGCAUCCACGGAUGCUGUCAAGCGUCGGCACAGUCCCAGCUAGCAACCUACGCGUGUGGCGCUAGCGCUCGCUCGCCGAAAACGACCGUGCGAGCGACAGAGAGCGAGAAAGAGAGAGAAUCUAUGCGAGAGCAGCACUCGGCGGCGCUUCGCUUCGGACAAGCUUCGUGGGCUCGUAUCCUUGUGCGGUGUGCUUACAGCGCGCUCUCUCUCUCUCGCUACGUGUGUGCUUGGCGUCCGUUGGAGCUGUAGUAAGUGCUCUGCCCCGUACAGCAGUACGCUAGUGCACGGUCCGCAAAAAGCGCUCGAGGCAAUCAUCGGUUUCGGGUUGUGUCGUCCGGUCGGUGGCACCGUUCGACGGCUUACCAGCAGUGCCAGCAGUGGCAAGGACAGGCGCACAAAUACGUGUGCGAGCGGCAGUGAACAAACGGGGCCCCGCCAGCCCAGUGAUUUCGGGACACUUUCGGCAGCGACUCUAUCAGCGUCUUCCAUCAACCAGUGGUGUUUAUGCGUGUGUGAUGUGUGUGUGUGUGUGUGUGAGUGUAGAUGUAAGUGAGUUUCAUUCAACUCUCGGGGGUGAUAUCAGUGCAACAGAGCGAAGAAGAAAACAAAAAAAAAAUACAAAGCAAAACAAAACACACAAAAAGCAAGCGUUACCGAAUGUGUAGGUGUUUACCGUCUCAAGCCAGUGAGUGAGUGAGUGGAAGAUUUGUAUUGGCUUUUCGUUGUGUCCUGUGUGUAUGCGGAGGAUUGCGGCAGUUUUACCCCAAAGCCGUUUGGUCAUCAGCUGUGCAUAGAUAGGGAACAGUGCGACUGUACUGGGUAAAGGGUGCAGCAGCAGCAGCAGCAGCAGCAGCCACCGCACUAGCGAAGUGCUGCUCCCGACCCUCCCAAGUGCUGCCAGCACCGUCCAAAGCAGCGAAUGUGCGACCUGCCAUCGGAGCCGCUGCAGUACACCGCAAUAGACAUGCAGCAUCGGCAGCUGAAUCGAACGAUCGCCAUCGCCACCGGCCUGCUGAUGUGUGCCGUGUACGUGCUGUACACGUUUCACGCCUGUCUGCUGUCCGGGCUACAUCGCAGCCUCCGGCAGGUAAGUGGUCAAGCGACGAACCCUUCGCCGCACACUAACGUACGCGUCCUUCACCAGUCGCCGUCCGCGCAGCCGGCUGCCGGCGGCACGACACUAGCGCCCACUACCCAGCUGCCGCACGUCCGCAUACUCGGCUCGCUCGUGCGCAUCGUGCCGCUGACGGUCGAGGACGGGGCAACCGCCGGCAAGCGGCCCCCGGCCGCCCCGCUGCGCCUGGUGUCACCCGCCGCCACCAACACGACCGACGGGUCGCCCAAGUACCGGUUUCUGCGGCAGCAGGGCCUGCGCCCGUCCCGCCACCUGCCGGACGCGCUCAUCAUCGGGGUGAAGAAGAGCGGGACGCGCGCUCUGCUCGAGUUCGUCCGGCUGCACCCGGACGUGCGGGCGGCCGGCUGCGAGGUGCACUUCUUCGACCGGCACUACGCGAAGGGGCUCGCCUGGUACCGGCACCACAUGCCGCCCACGAUCGAGGGCCAGAUCACGAUGGAGAAGACGCCGAGCUACUUCAUUACGCGCGAGGCGCCACGCCGCGUCCGCCACAUGAACCCGGCGACCCGGCUGCUGGUGGUCGUGCGCGACCCGGUCACGCGCGCCAUCUCCGACUACACGCAGGCGCGCAGCAAGAAGCGCGACAUGAAGCGGUUCGAGGAGCUCGCGUUCACUAACGGGUCGGCCGGCGGCGUCGUCGACACGAGCUGGGGCCCGGUCCGCAUCGGUGUGUACGCGCGGUACCUCGAGCGAUGGCUAGAGCACUUCCCGCCCGCCCAGCUGCUGUUCGUGAGCGGCGAGCGGCUGAUCGCCGACCCGGCGGUCGAGAUCGGCCGCGUGCAGGACUUUCUCGGCCUGAAGCGGGUGGUGAACGAGAAGCACUUCUACUUCAACUCGACCAAAGGCUUCCCGUGUCUGCUCAAGUCGGAGGAGCGGUCCAGCCCGCACUGUCUCGGCAAGACGAAAGGCCGGAACCAUCCGCACAUUGACGGGGCCGCCAUCGACCGGCUGCGCGAGUUCUACCGGCCGUUCAACCAGAAGUUCUACCACCUCACCGGCAUCAACUUCGGCUGGCCCUAGGGGACCCGUGGAAUUGGUGG